UAUUUGGAUCCGUAUUCCCGUGGAUCAUAAAUAAGAACUUGGAUCCAAUCUCAGUGGACUUUCGUCGCCCAACAUUUCUUUGAGUUUGUUUUUGCAUUAUGCGGAACUUUCAACUAACGCGAUUGGAGACUGCAUUGUAAAACAUAUUUAAUUAUUUGCGGUUUGCGCGUGUUUUGACGAUACCGGUUUCCUUCUGAUGAUCAAAGCAUGAGUGGUGGCAGAGUGAGACCGUCAGCAUGGCGAACAGUAAUAACUAAUUUCGUCAAUUCACUUAGAAAAGCUCCACCAAGGGAGUUUAUUGGCGAAGACUAUUUGGGAAACCGUUAUUACGAACAGCCCACGCCGUACUCAAGUAACAGGAAAUUAGCUAGAUCUCUGGAACCUGCGAACAGGCAUAAAUAUCACUUCGAGCAUGACGCUCGAUGGGAAGAAAUUCCUCCGGAAUGGGAAGCGUGGUUACGCAACAAACGGAAAGAUCCUCCUACAGCAGAGGAAAUUCAACAAAAUAUUGCUUUGAUGCUCCAAAAGCAAGCUAACGGUGCUCGUCUGGAAGCUGAACGAAGACAACAGUUAGCCAGCGCUUCUGAACGGCUUCCGGUGCCGGCUCCAGUGGAUUCCGAUGCCCCAGUUCCCUUUCCCGGUACGAUGAUUUUAAUGUUAGUGCCACACAAGAUCGCUCCAAAGUUGAGCCAGAGUAUCAUGCCACUAUUCGAGAUAGAACAAUUCGUUGAUAUGACACCUCGACGAGCGGGUUCCUUUUGUGCUGGGCCAGUGUGGGAACUUAAACGUCGAACGAUUUUUGAACAGUUCAAAUGGUUGUACGGUUUUAGCAGUAGUUUGUGGAGCGUGCUUGGUGCUGCUUACUGCUCAGAAAGGUGUGCUAUAAUAUAAUUAUGUUAAUAUACUUCAGUGGCUUGCCGCUGUUUAUCCUUGAAACUGUACUUGCACUCUACUUGUAUGGAUUCUGUAUGGUACUCCAAAUGAUUGCGUGAAGUGAAAAGAAGACUUUGGGA